UCAGCUUAUUCGCUUAUUUGCGGCACACAGUUGAUUUUCAAUGCUGUCUUCUCUUAUUUAAUCAAUUCUGAGAAGAUCACUUUUUGGACUGUCAUGUCAAUAUUUUUCCUUACUGUCUCUGCUCUAGUGAUUGCUCUUGACGAUGAUUCAAACAGUCCAUCCGGAGGUUCUAAGUGGAUUUACGUGAUUGGGUGCUUGCUUACACUUCUUGCUUCUCUCAUCUACUCUCUUCAGCUUUCUCUUAUGCAAUUUUCAUUCGAGAAGAUCAUCAGGAAAGAGACGUUUGCUAUGGUUCUUGAAAUGCAAAUCUACACAUCUCUGGUGGCAUCUUGUGUUUCUGUUAUCGGGUUGUUUGCGAGUGGGGAGUGGAAGAUGUUGAGAAUGGAGAUGGAAGAGUUUCACAAGGGUCACGUGUCGUAUGUUUUAACUCUUGUCGGGACAUCAGUUUCAUGGCAAUUGGGUUCUGUAUCAGCUGUGGCACUUAUAUUUCUGGUUUCUUCGCUGUUUUCGAACCUUAUCGGUACCCUCUCUCUCAUUGUUACACCUCUUGCAGCACUUGUGGUGUUCGACGACAAGCUGACUGUGGCUAAGAUUGCCGCAAUCAUCUUCGCCAUCCCGGGCGUAGCUUUUUAUAUGUAUAAGAAUUAUCUUGAUGGCUUGAUAGUAGAAAGAGCAAGAGAAUCUCUGGCUGAUUGAUUCUACAAGGUGUUCGAUUAGUGAUUAUUCAGGACAAGCUUAUGGUAUUUAUGUUGUAUAUAUAGUUUCUGAUUUUUGUCUUUGUGUAUACUAGCGUUCCUAAUCCAGUUAUAAGAUGAUGACAUCCAACAA